GCCUUCGACAGCCUUCGAUAAUAAACAUCGACAGCGAAAGAGCAACAAACAACAGUAUUAUGCAAGAAAGCACUUAUAAAUAAUGACGAAAAAUGUCUUCAGCAUUUAAUGGAGUUAGAAAAUGGCUGAAUAUGACUUCACUAGUGUCUCCCAGUGGUCAAAAAUCAGAAGGAUCGAAAGCUUAUCCAAAAGUGGGCUCUGAAUUGUUUCCUUAUACCAGGCCUUCAUUCCUUGGUUUGAGUAAAGAGGCGGGUAAAGCAUCAGCUGAUCAUGAAAUACGACCAAUACUUGUGGCUCAGAGAGAAUUACCAUUAAACGCUGGAUACUCGGAGUAAGUUUAUGCUUGCUAGAAUGUUUAAUUUAAUGUACUUGGCAUAAUUUUACAUUAUUUUGUUAUUUACUGUAUGUUCAAAUUAUAUGGCAGUGCAUGCAACUAAAUGGGUCAAGCACGGUUUUAGGACCAAUUCAAUUUGACAACAAUAGUAUUCUAUCUAAAUAUAGCAGUUGAAAUAUAGUGUACGGCACCUGAACUAUUCAAUAUCUUGCUUGAAACUGCUUCUAAAUCCAUAAAUACAUUUACAUAUGAUAUUAUGCAAAUACUGUAUAUUUUCAAAAUCCGCCAUAUUUAUUUACAUUAGAACCCAAGCACAGCAAGCUUUCGCAGCUCACGCCCGUGAUUUCCAAUUAUAAUAGGAGGGUAAGAUAAUCCAAUUAUUUCAUUGUCGGAAGCGAGAGGAAACGAUGCUUCCUUAUAUGGCACAAACACAAAAUAUUUUAUCGAGGCUGCUUAUGAUGUCAUAUAAAGAUUCCUCACUCUCAGAACGAUUUGAGCAGGUUACCUGGUAAAGAACCCGGAUGUCUACAGCUGAUUGGGUUAGCAAGUGACAAUGCCCACUUUGAUCCUACCCUCCUGUUAUUGCUAAUAAUAUACAUAAAAAUAUUACUCGACUGUGAUUGGUUGAUUUCAGUGCAGUUAAUCCCAAACAGCAGUGCAAUUUUCUGUAAUCACACAGGGUGUUAGCUACAGUCAAAAAUUCUGCGUUAAAUACGGUUUUCCCAAUUACCUUGAGGUUGCAAUUUCCCAAUUUGGGUCAGCCAAAAAAUAGUUAAAAACAUGUUUAUAACUACAUUUGCUCAAAAUUACUCCCAGAAUGCGGGAAAUGCCAUUUCAAAGACACAAAGGAGGCAACCGCAUGCCCCAGACCCACAAAGAAAUGCCCGGCUUCAGGCUAAAAUAAAUUUCCCAAUUUCAGUUAAACAUGGAUUUUUUUUUACUUCUGGCUAACACCCUGUCACAGUGCAAUUUUUUGUAAUCACAGUGCAAAAAUAUGUUACAAACUGAUCUGAUUGGUGGAAAACAAUGUAAUGAUAAAAUCAACCAAUCAGUUUAAAGCAGAACUUUUAGUUUAAAGAAGGAAUGGUCACAGAUUGCUUCAAAACAAAACAAACACGGCGCCGCGCUACAUAAAGUAAAAGUUGACUUCGGUUGGAAAAUAUGGCUUUUAUCUUUUUUAAAAAUGGAAAAGCCUUUACCUUCAACAAGACUAACAAAACAUAGUUGAGUGGAAUUUUCAAGCUGUUAACAUUGUAUAAUGUGAUAUAACAAAGCCGGAAAAACUUUGCUAGUGGAUGGUUCACUAUAUAAAUGUAAGUUAAAACUACAAUUGUCUCGGACAUUUUUAUGUAAAAUAUUAAUAAGUAAUAGCAUGGUUUCUCGUGAAAUUGGAUAAACAUGCACACUGAAAUUUGGAUAAACAUGCACACUGAAAAACUCACUUGUGCAUGUUAUAUCCAAAUUGCACUUGAAACCACCUAUACAAAUCACAGGUGUAACAUCAGAGGCGUGAUGUAAUAUUUCGCAUGAGCCUCGAAAGCUUGGGUUCUAAUGUAAAUAAAUAUGGCGGAUUUUGAAAAUAUACAGUAUUUGCAUAAUAUGUAAAUGUAUUUAAUAAUGGAUUUACAUAGAAGCACUGUCAAGCAGGAUAUUGAAUAGUUCAGGUGCCAUACACUAUAUUUUAACUGCUAUUUAGAUAGAAUACUAUUUAGCAGGGGUCGAAAUUUAAUUUUUUUUGUACUAUACAGCCGGAAUAGAAGAUUUUUAUAUUUACUAUUCCAUCUGAAGAUCCACUAUUCCUUAAUGUACUGUUUCUGAGAGCCCGUUCAUGCAGGGUCCGCGCUAAUGUUCUGAUUUUCACGAAAUCAUCCUUGAGACUCGUAAAGUGAACUGAAUAAUUGAAUAACAAAAAAUAAACAUGUACAGUGCAUUGCAUGCUCUUUACAGUGAUGAAUAAGUUAUUAAUAAAAAACAAAGUUCAAACACUGAAGUGAACUUCAGGCCUUAAAAUAUCUUUUACAGGGCUGCCUGACAAAAUGUCCGAUGACUUUGAGUUUGGGUCGGACAUAUGUCCGAUGACCUUCAGUUCAGUUUGGGUCGGAAAUAAGUCUGAAUGACGCAAAUUAAUAUCAGCAUAAUGUAUUCAUUCUGAACUAAAUGUUGUGAAGAUAUUAAAUAAUUUGUGUCAUUUAUACUUAUUUCCAAGCCAAAAUUAACUUGCUUGCCAAUGAUAGCAGUACGACUUCGAUAACUUUUAAGUUACCGAAGUUGUAAAAGCCCGUUUCACGUCACCAUUUCACUCACAUUUCCGGUUCUGGGUCGGACACCAAUUCACUCAGGUCGGACAAACAAUAAACUUCAGUUUCACUUAGGUCGGACAGAAUGUCCGGUGGUUUCCUUUCUACGUCGGACAAUUUGAUGGAUGGGUCGGACAAUGUCCGUGACCGACCGAUUUUUUAAGGCCUGGAACUUGCGAACUUUGUUGCGAAGUUCGCGCCCAAUUUCUGAACUUGGAAACGUAAAGGUCCAGACACACACCGGACGCGAUUCGACAACGCGACGCGAUUUUUUAGUUUUUGAAAGUUAAUAAAACAGCCAAUGAAAGAUAUGUAGACCAAAUAACUCAAAAUGUUAUAGCGCUUUUAAAUAUUUGGAAAAUUUAAACUAGGAUCAAAGUUAUCGGUCAGUGAAAAUCGAAAAAUCGCGUCGCGUUGUCGAAUCGCGUCCAGUGUGUAUGGACCUUUAAAGUUGCAUUCCAGUUACGCGUUUUUCAUACGUGCGAAGUUGAAUUCGCUUAAAAUUUCAUAUAAGUGCCCUGUGCUCCAAGGGUGGGUUGACUACAGAAUUUUUGUAGUUCGCUAUAACUACAGCUACUUCAAAAAUAUGUAGUCAGCUACAAUUACUGCUACUUUUGAACAAAGGUAGUUCGCUACUGACUACAGCUACUGCUUAAAAAAAUGUAGCGAACUAUUUUGCUAUUUCGCUAUGCUAUGUUUUUUAGUUUUACUGUAUUUGGAGCGUCUACUAACUCAGGCUGUAAUGUAAUCUAUAACAAAUCGACUUACGAGUAGCAAGUGUCAGUAAACAAGAGUAAACACAAAGCAACAUUUUUGUAUGCACUACAGUGUGCAGGAGUUCAAAUUGACUAUUGAGUAUUGAUUUUAAGCAAACCGUGUCUCAAUAUCAUGCUAUUCUAUCAAGUUGCUAACAAUUUUAAAAAGUAGCGAAUAGCGAUUCGCUGUUUGAAAAGUAGUUCACUAUAACUACAGCAGCAGCUACUGUUUUAAAAAAGUAGUCAAAAACUACUGGCUACUUGAAAAUUGUAGUACGCUACAGUAGCGAACUACAACUACUUCGCUAAUACCCUCCCUUGUUGUGCACUAAGUGGCCAAUUGAGCACAUGGAGCAAGUUGACUUGGUUAAUCGAGUUGGCCUGUUUAAGCAAUUGUCAAAUGGAGGUUUUUAUUCAUCCACCUACCAAAGUGCAAGUAUCACGGCUGCCACAUACUUUAUACUAGGGAUGAGCCGAUUAAUCGAUAAAUAAUCGGCCAUUUUUUUAAUAAUCGGUAAUCGGCAAAUAAUUGUCCAUAAGACUCUGCCAAUCACAUGCUAAAAUACUGAAUACAAGCGAAUUUAGAUUUUCACAUUUUGUGGCAAAACCCGUGUCUUUUGUCUCAAAACCCAUGUCAAGAUCUAUGAUCUUGUUUCGAAGAGAUAGUUGCAUCUGAAGACGACGUUCCAAAUCUUAAAGAAGACGUCAAGUCGUCAACGCAUUUCUCAUUCUUCCCUUGCAACCCUUACAAGCGUGUCCAUAUACCUGGUGGGUUUCCAACAAAAAAAUAUGUAACCCGAAUAUUUUCAACAUUGAGCUGAAGUAUCUUAGCCCAUGCACUAAGUAAUUCAAGCGUGAAGCAUAUAUUCAGAGCGCAUGUUCAGUGAAGCUGGGAACAUUUCCAUUGAAAAGCAGACUAGCUCCGCAUAAAGCUGACAAUAUCCUGUUCUUACACCAAAUUCUGCCAAAACUAAACUUUGACUAUUGACAUGCAAGAUUGAAGCUGAUUUUAAUUGUCCGUAGUAUGUAUUGUAAAGAAUAAAACCGCAUUUACAACUUCAUUGCUGGUCAUCUUGCGAUUUUUCUCUUGCUUUUCAAAAUAAUCAGCAGGUACCGAUUAAUCAGCUGAUUAGUUAUGAUAAUCGGCUUAUAAAUAAUCGGCCUCAGUAAUCGGCGAUUUUCCUUAUUGGCACAUCCUUACCAUAUACAGUGCUUAGCGUGAUUUUUUAAACAUAUUCAUUUUGCCAUCAUGGUGGUAAAAUUGAAUUGCAACAUGAAUAUAUGGACAUACAGUAGCUCUGUACCAUUGAGUGCCACCCCUAAUUGUCAAGUAAAGUUGUUUGGCAUUAUGGACAGGGUACAAAAUAAAAGAAGGGCGCGCAUCCGUGCAAGGCGUGCAUUGGGGGCGUGCAUUGACCUGGUUAAUCAAGUUGGUCCGUAGUAGCCUACUUUGUAUAUAUAUUACCUCUUGCUUUAAAAGAGAUUGCAGCUGUUGCUUGCCAUUGAACUGACUUAAUUACUUAGCCAAGUGUUGAAAAUAUCGCAUUUUCCCUAUGUAAUUGCAUUUUUUGCUGAGUUGUCAGCUGGCAAAGCUGGUUGAAUAUAUAGCCACACUUUUGAACAAAUUUAGAUUAAUUAAUUAAAAGCUCAAAUCAGCAUCAAAAUGUUGUUUAGCCAGGUCAACUCUGUUAAUCCGAGUCAACUCUCUCCAUGUAAUCAGCCCCUAAAAUUACGAUUACUGUACUUGUACUUGUACUUGUACUUGUACUUGUACUUGUACUGGGCUAAUCCGGCUAACAGGGCUGAACUAAGCUAAGAUUGAAAUAACCUGAGUAUCAGGCUCUAUUUUACAAAUAGAGCCUGACACAAAAGUUAACCUGAUCGCUUUCCGCCCACAGCAAAGUUUAUAUUUAGUAUCCAAUCAAAAUGUCGCAGGAGAAAUUUAAAUUUCACACAACGACAACAACAAUCUAAUUAUAGCAUAGGAAGCCCACUAAACGGCUGAAUUUAAAUUAAAACUGCAAUGAACUUAUAAAAUUAACAAAAAUAAUCACAAAUUAGCGAAAUAUAUUGCAAAUGUAGCUUAUAUUAAAUCGCCAUCCGAUUGCUCUCUCCUCCGCAGAGGUUUCAGUGACUACAAUGAGCUUUACAUGAUUAUUUUCUAAUUUUACUGCAUUUUUAAUUUAAAUUCAGCCGUUUAGUGGGCCGGCUAUAAUUGUAGUUGUGAUCGUUAUAAAAUAUAUCAACAACAAUAGUAUAAUCUAAUUAGCACCAGCCAAUUAAAUGACAGAUUUAUAAAAUCGUUUGUCUAAUCGGCCAAUCAGCGCUCAGUCCAGAUUCUGGACUGAAUAACCAGGCAAAAUGCCGCUUUUGUGUCAGGCCGUACUUUUCUCCCCUUCGCCCGCGAUCAGGCGUGCCUGUGCCCUAAAAAGUACGGCCUGAUACUCAGGUUAAGAUUGAAAAUACCCAACAGUAGAAUAGUAGUUGCUUGUUUUUUAUUAACCCAUUAAGCACCUGCCCUUCCCUUCACGAGUAAAAUCGUUUGGUGUUAAAGCGGUUUUCCAAUCCUCGCACGAAGCUCCUCGCUGCGUGUGCAUGCAUGAGCACUUUCAUCCAAUCACAAUGCAAAACGGUUAAUUUUAAUUAGAUGUAAGCACUCUCAGCGAGCUGCGAGGAGCUUCGUGCGAGGACUGGAAAACCGCCUUUAGACAGAGUAAAAUAAUAAAGUAGGGCGAAUCAGGGCGCAAUACGAUCCUAUAUUUAUACUCGAUGGGCUAAAGAUAGUUUUUAUGUAUUUUGAGCUUCUCUCGUAAUAUAAUAAGACAGAGUUGGUAAUUAGUAAUUACCGUAAAUUAUAUUUAUUAUUGUCCCCAACACGUUUUUUGCAUGUUUUCACGCAUGUGUUGUCCAAAACGUUAAAGCAUUUAUUAAUUGAAACACAAAAACAACAUUUUGAUGCUGGUUUGAGUUUUUUAACCUAAAUUAUUUAGUUUGAAACCUAAAUUAUUUAGUUUGAAACCAUACAUGAUGUGUGAUUUUUCAACUUGCUUUGCUGGGACAACUUGGCACAAAAGCAAUUACGUAUAGGGGAAAACGCGAAAUUUUGAACUCGGCUGAGUGAGUUGGUUAUAACUCCGUUAACCAGGCAAACUAUUCCCUUCAUGUGUUUUUCUCACAAAUUAGUCAGAAUUACAAAAUUAAAUAUACAUUUAUAUUUCGUGCUGUUUACCAGGUACUUGUUUAUUAUUUUAGAACAAUUAAUGCAGGCAAGAGCUAUUUGGUAAAUGAAGACCAAGCAUUUGCUGAAAUGUUUUGUUUGCAUGUGAUAAAUAUUGACAAAGAACUUAAAGAAGACACAAUUGUAUGUAUUACACGGUGGUAAAUACUCUACUGUAUCUGUAUUUUAUGAGAAAAACAUUGUGUGCAAAUUUACUAAUUUCCACCCGCAUUUCACCUUCUGUUAUAUAAAACCCACUGUUCGCAAGGUCAGUUAGAAAUGUAUUAUUUAACCACCGCCAUGACUGCGUAAUAUGUAUACCAUGUAUAAUGCAGCCUCAAUAUAUUACGGCCACCACGUCCAUCGCCACCACCGUAUAUACACCGCGUGUAUACUGCGUAUGUAUACCAUGUACCGGGUGUCCCAAAAAAAAGUACUCCGGUUUGAUUCGUAAUAACUUCUAAACAAGUAAACCUUUUAAAGAGAAAUAACUUGCAUCAAAUAGAGGAAGGACUAACUUAGAUUUUGAUAUAUUACAGUUGUAUUUCACUUAAAAAUUCACGGAGAUAUUAAUGUUUAAAAUCGGGAGCAUAUUUCUGGAUGUGUCUGAAAUAUGCAAAAAACGGCGUAUCAAAUACUAAUCAAGAUUUGCCCGAAUGAAACAUGCACGAUUACCAGUAAAUAAAUGGCACUUGACAAAUUGUUUAUUAUGAAACAAAGUCUGUAUUAUUAUAUACAAAAUACAAGCAAGAUUUAUUCGUCCUAAAUCUGUGUGUGCAUGUUCCUAGCACGAAUACGUUUCCUUAUUUCAUGAGACCACUGCAUCGCAAAGGAUCGUCAUGGAUCGUUCGCAGUUCUGAAUUAGGGCAUGCUGUCACAAUGGAAUUGUGAAGCUCUUCUAACUUCUGCAAUGUUCUGAAUUCUUGUUAAGAACACUCAGACUCAUUUGCCUUUUCUUAAUCUUUUUAAGUUCACAAUAAACUGAGAAUGAAACACAAUCAAACCAUACAACUCCAUAAGACAUAACAAUUAAGCAUGCAACUCCCUGGAGACAUCCAACAUUUUUGGAACAAAACGUAACAAAAUAGUAGCGUUAAUACUGUGAUGUGUAUUUGCAAAAAGCAAUAUUAUUUCCUUCAUUGCAGAAUAAUAUUCAUCCUGCUCUAACCGAGAAAUAAUCAACCCUGUUUUGAACCCAUGAAAAACAUAAAAAGUUAGGCUAAGAAAAAUUUAAGCGCCUGCCUUGCAUGGUCUUUCAUGUACCUUAUAAAUUUGUAAAGUUUGUAUAAAGACCUAUUAAAUAUACUCGCAUAAUUUCGUACGUUCAUAUUUCAGGAAACAAUGAGCUAAGACUUAGCUUACAUGUAAGAAGUCUAAAUCUACGCCAUAUCCCUUACAAACCCUAACGACAAUUCGCUGAAAUACAAGUUAAUUAACCUGAUAUGUCAUCAAGCAAACAAACGCUGAAGUUAAUAUUUGAUAUGCCGAUUUUCGCUAAUUUUAGAUAUAUCCCAAAAUAUGCUCCCGAUUUUGAACAUUAAUAUCUCCGUGAAUUUUUAAGUAAAAUACAACUGUAAUAUGUCAAAAUCUAAGUUAGUCCUUCCUGUAUUUAAUGCAAGUUAUUUCUGUUUGAUAGCUUUACUUGUUUAGAAGUUAUUAUAAAUCAAACCGGAGUACUUUUUUUUGGGACACCCGGUAUAAUGCCUCAAUAUAUUACCGCCACCAACGUAUACGCCGUGUAUACUGCGUAUAUAUACCAUGCAUGCAUACUGUACUGUAUAUAAUGCCUCAAUAUAUUGCGACCACCACGAUACACCGUGUAUACUGCGUAUGUAUACCAUGUAUAAUGGAAUAAUGCCUCGAUAUAUUACGACCACCGCUACCACCGUAUACAUCGCGUUGAUUCUGUCUAUAGAAUUUGUUUAUACUUACUUUACCGAUUUCGGACUUAUACGAGGGUUGAUAAGACGGCAGGUACGGUUAUUUUCAAAAUUAUAUAGGUUUGUGGUCCUUUAAUAUGAUAAAGGCUUCUCUCUCAGGUGUGGUAUUAAUUCUUUCUGUUUAAUUUAAUUUGUUCGCAAUGGAUUUCGAUUGGUUUUCAAUAGACAAAACUGUUUGCAUGUGUGGGGAUUUCUUUGUAGGUUUUAUAGUAAUGUUUUUCUGCAGUAGUUGCAUGGUUGUAGGAUGGUGGAUCCAUCUUGUAAAAGUUGGUGGUUUUAUCAGCAGGCACAAAUAGUGAUUCGUUUUUUCUGAUUUUUGUCAUCAGAUGAUUUUUUUCUGGAAUCCGCAUUUUACAUCUUUAAAUUUCACAUUUUGGAUCAUAUCAUGCAUUCUGUUCUCAAAACUCGCUAGUUCAGGUAUACGUGACGGUGAUUUCUUUGAAUUAAGUCCGUACGUUUCUUGUCGUGUUUGCAUGGUUUCUGGAUUAAGAAAAAAGUGUGCUUUCCAUCUCAUACGUUUAGAUAAAUGUUCGGUUUUUCCAAUAAGUACUUUCUUGUAGUCAUUUUCCGAUGGUACUGUAUAUUGGAAUAUUCUUGGUUGAAUAUCCAAACUGUUUCGCUUCCAUCUCAAAAUUAUAUUAUAAAAAGUGCUCGACAAAAUAGGAGCAAAUAUAUAAUUAUAGGUUUCGUUGUUUACAAAAACGUUUGGCAGAGUGCUCAAAACCAGCGACGGACACAAGAAGAUCAAACUGUCCCAAACCGAAAGCACAUGCAACUGUAGAAAGAAAGAAGAUUGGCUGCAUGCCCAAUGUCAAAAAAUGUUUGGUCGAGUCCAUUGUGUAUCAAGCUACAGUUUCUACCAACGACAACAGUCCACCUCAAACAUUCGUUGGUCUUACUGAAAACUCGUUUAAAACUAGAUAAUACAACCACAAAACGUCAUUUAAUUUGUGCGAGAAAAGGAACUCUACAGAACUCAGUAAAUAUGUCUGGCAGUUAAAGGGCAGAGAAACUACUGAAUAUAUAGGCUACUAUUAAAUGGCAAACUUUGAAACUGCCAAACCCUACAGCCCUGCUUCGAAUAGAUGUUAUCUCUGUCUGUGCAUGGGAAAAAUACUUUAUUAUAUGUAAACCUGAAUUGACUACUUUGAACAAAGUUAACGUAAUGAAUUAGUUUCUUAAAGGAUUAGUGUCAGGGUCAUGCAUUGUGGGCUUUUGUUAUUGUUUACAUUUUACUAAAAUACAACAAAUAGCGAUAAAAAUACCUUGUUUGGUACAUUUCUGAUAAAAAUCAGACAAAAAGAGCAAGGAUUAUAAAAGGAUGGUUUAAAUAUAUGACGGAUUGUAAAAACUUUCCAGAUCAUCUAAUCUAUUCGUCCCGAAAAAUGGCCACCAGCAGGAGUUUGAGCCCGCGAAUUCCUGUUGUGACACUAAUCCUUUAAUUCAGACAUGCGAAAAAAUUUCUUUUAACUAACAUUUAAGACACAUUGUUGUAGCUUGGUGUUAUAUGCUACAUGUAUGCGUUGUUAAUAUACUUCCGCGUCCUGUCAAUGUAUCAAGUAGGCUAACAAAAUAAUUGCUUUGCGUACUUUGUAAAUAGGAUUAAUUUAAAGCUUUCAUCUACUUGUACAUAAAUACUGUAGGUUUUUUGCUGUAGUCAUAAUUUAUCUGAUGAGUGCCACAUCUUGUGGUACGAAACUAAUAGUAAUAAUUGUAAUAAUAGUAAUUGGAAUUUGUUGAGUCGUUGCACUUAUUUAAUUAUGCUCUGGAUAUCCAUUGAGCACUCAGCCAAAUGUUUUUGUAAAUAACGAAACCUAAUUUUAUAUAUAUAUAUAUAUAUAUAUAUAUAUAUAUAUAUAUAUAUAUAUAUAUAUAUAUAUAUAUAUAUAUAUAUAUAUAUCCGUUCCAAUCCACGGAUAAUUUUCCUGAGUGGAAACUGGGCAGCCUUAUCACUUACUGAAUGGUUCACCACAGCAAAAAAAAAACCACUCAGAUGAAACUUGCAUGGUAAAAUCGAUACACAAAUCCGGAUUAUUUCCAGUGUAAAUCAUGACCUACUUGAGCAGUAUUUAUACAUAAUGCAUUUUCAGACAAAACUUCCAUACUGGUGUUUUGGUAUAUUUGAUGGUCAUGCUGGAGCGGGCUCUUCUUUGGCAACUGUCAAUCAACUUCAGGAUAUAAUUCAUGAAAAACUUCAUGAAAUCCAAGACGUGAUUGUUUGUGAUGAAAAAAAUUACGGAAAGUUGCCAGUAUUACAUGGAGCUGUUGCGCCAACUAUAAGCUUCGAAGCUGUUGUUAUUGGAGCAUUGGAACAAUCAUUUUUAGAAAUGGUAAUAUUCGAUUGUUUUUGUUUCCAAGACCCAAAGUAUAAGUUAUAUUGUCCAAUAUUGCACGUUAUGAAAAGUUUUUAAAUACAUAGCUACCUAUUCAAAAAUAUGGUAACUAAAGAACAAUUUUAAUUUUAGGUUUAUAUAUUAUAGUAUUAUAGGUUUUUCUUACCGUUAUAGAGUAGGCUACUCACAUAUCAGUGAGGGGAAAAGUUGCGAUUAAACAUAUUAAACGUAAUAUACAGUCCCGCCUCCUCCAUAGGCCCUACUACACCAUGGGAAGGUCACACACAAAUUCUCCAGGGCCUGCAAAAUCUUGUAAAACAUAGUCAUUAUUUUUGCAAUUAAAUAUACAGUAAUAAAUUUUAAUCGUUAAGUAGCGAUCGUUUCAGCCAAUCACAACACAGAAGCGUCGGCAAAAUGGUAUAUGAUUGGUCAGUUGCAUUUUUCCUUAUCAACGCGUAGCAAUGAUGAAAAUUCAUUAUAUUUUACAAGCAAAACUGUCUUAUCCAACGUUUUAUGUGUGUAAUACGUAUAGCACCUUCCACUGACAUUUUAAGACUUCUACCAUAUCUGUGACGUCAUUCAAUAAAUAGGUCAUUUUUCAUUUUAUAGGAUAAUCGUAUUAAUAGGGACAGACAGGUGCAUAAAAUCACUGGUGGAUGUACUGCAGUUGUUUCGUUGUUUUUAAAAAAUAAAUUAUUUGUUGCCAAUGCUGGUGAUUCCAGGUAUAGCGCUUUAUUUUUGCGUCUCAUCGCCUAGUUCUACCACAUCUUGUUAAAAAUGCAUGUCUUCACCUUGAUAUUUAUUGUUCUUUACCCUGAUAUUUUCACAAUAUAGAGCAAUAAUUUGCAAAGAUGGAAAACCAAUUCCUAUGUCGAAAGAUCACACUCCAGAGACUGACCGCUGCCGACUUCAGGUCUUGGUAAGAACCAAAGAAUUUUUUUUGGAAAGUACUCGCUGGUAACUCUGAAUGCUGGUAACUCCGAAAAGACUCUAGUUGUCAAUUGAAAUUAAAAUCAAUUUUUGGAUUAAAAGUACUCAAUACUGUAUGUUUCAAGAUUUGUCAUGGCAAAUUAAUAUCACGAAUUAAAAGUACUCAAUACCUUGCAUGAUAUAGUUCAUCUUGUUUCAGCGUUUGUCAUAAACUAUCCUGUUUCUAUAGUUCCAGGCGUUUUGCUCGGCAUGAGAUCUGCCAGAAAUAAUACUGCAUACACCUUCACACCUUAAAUGCUUUAGAUUUUGAGAUGAUUUCAAAUUGAGUCUGCAAAAAUUUCCAGUCAGAUACUCAUGAGAAGCCGCCUAUAAAAUGAAGCAUGCGCAGUUCGUCGUUUUCACUCACACUUGUCUUUUUUGCGUUUUAUUGUAAGAAUUCCUUGCACUCUUCUCCCAAUUUACCUUGCAUUUUCAGAUCGAUAAAAAUUGCAGUUCAGUUAACCAGACAUAAUGUACAAUUAAACUUACAGUUACAGAGAGGCUGUUGAGUGGAUCAUUUCAUUGUGACAGGAUGGUCGACAUGACGAUGAUUGUAUGUGUUUGUUUAGGCUGCGAUGAAGCCAGCUCUAUUGGGCAAGGAGUUCACUCGUUUAGAGUUUCAACAAAAACCUCGUCGGAAACAUGUUGGAAAGAAACUAUUUUGUAGAGAUAGAAAUAUGACUGGAUGGUAGGUAUAAUCUAUUAAAAUGUGAGAUUAGAUACAGUAAAAACCCCGCAUAAAAGAGCCAGUGGGUUAAGAACCACCAGCCUGAAAUUUAGGUAAUUAAACACCCAAAAUACAAGAAUCCUUUCAGGCUGCGGGACAUCAUUUCCUACACCUACACUACAGUAUCACUGCAUGGUAGCUGCCUCGUACCCAGGCGCUACGUGUUGUUCUUGUAUGGCUUGCGUGGCCUUUGCGUAGGCCGCGUGGAUUAAUUUGAACCAAAGCGCCUGGGUACAAGGCGGAACAAUAUUAUUGAAAACAUUUCACGACGUUAGGAAUGUAGACCAAGUGACCCACUCCUGAAUAUUUCGGCGCGAACAUAUCGCACGUUAUUUUCGAGCGAGAGGAAGGAUCCGCGGUUUUGGUAAUAUAUGGUUAUACCAGGAUUUGUUUGAUCUGUUUUAAUAGGGCGUUGAAACUUAUAACAGAGGAGGAUGUUUUUAGAACGCAAAUGAUAUCUGGAAGUGGAAAAGCGGUAAUUAGCAUUUAGAUACUUGUUUGAAUGAAAGCAGGUUGCUUGUAUGUUGGUUGUGUGAAAGUGGGUUGCAUGUGGGUGUUGCAGAACAACGCAGGUAUAUUAGUGUUAAAUUAAUUCCCUUGUUUGUAAGGAAUCAAUACAAUCAUGAACACGGCGGUUUAUGUUUUUACUUGGUAUAAAAUCUAAUGCUGUAUUGACAAGCUUUAGUGUUGUAUUUUCCAGGCUCGCUUGCUCGAAACAAUUGGAACAACAAGAGGUUUUGGAGAUUUUGAUUUAAAAGCUUCAUACACUGGAAUUUCAGUCAAACCUUUCUUGACUGCGGAACCCGAGGUAAAGUCAAUGCUUUGGUUCUGAAUGAUCCAUUGAUUCUGUUCAUCCAACGAUUGUGAGAACAAGUGUUCUGGAGUAACCUAAUUUGGGCAAACCUACAUCGCCAUCAGAGAUACAGGAGGUACUAAAUAGCAAAUGAAUAUACUUGUUCCUUGUAAUGGUUAAUAUUGUCAUUUUAAGGUAACAAUAUAUGAUUUGUCGCAAGAAUCAAUAGAUGAAAAUGAUAUCCUCAUUAUGGCCACUGAUGGAUUAUGGGAAAGGGUAUCUAAUGAGAAGGUAUGUUAA